UUGUGUCAGAUUUCCGGGUCCAUGGGUUCGAAUCCGUUGAGGCUAGUUCCGGGGUGGAGGCACGCGGUUGCCGGCCAGAGCUGAGGAUGGAUUAUCACCAGAAGGAAGAGCUGCUCCGGGUUUCCAUCAGGGAGUUCAGUGACUUCCCCUCUCCCGGCAUCCUCUUCAGGGACAUAACUUGUGUUCUCAAAGACCCAGUGGUCUUCAGGGCUGCCAUUGACCUCUUUGAGAAUCACCUGCGGACAAACUACUCAGAGAUAGAUGUUAUUGCAGGCAUUGACUCCCGUGGCUUCUUGUUUGGCCCAGCGCUAGCACAGAGGUUUGGCAUUGGCUUUGUCAUGAUUCGUAAGAAAGGUAAACUACCGGGACCAACGGAAUCUGUGUCUUACACCUUGGAAUAUGGAGAGGCUGAACUUGAAAUUCAGAAAGAUGCAGUUCAUCCUGGCCAGAAAGUAGUGAUCAUUGAUGAUCUGCUUGCCACAGGAGGGACACUGAGCGCAGCGUGUGAAUUGAUAAAACGAAGGCAGGCAGAGGUCCUCGACUGUUUAGUCUUGAUCGAGUUGCGAUCUUUAUGUGGCGCAGACAAGUUGAAGCCUUACAGAACACAUUCAGUGCUCAAAUAUGAUUAGUUGGUUCCUGAUCUAGACUGUCUGAUACUGCAAUGGCAGAACUGUGCUCUGAAGUGCCUAGAAUGUGUUAACUUGCAAGAAAUGCUUUUAACCGUACAAUGAAGGGAAUAAAGUGUGUACAAAAAUGGUCUUGUUUGGUCCUGGAGAAGCAAGUCUUUGUUUUAAUAUGGCACAAAUUCAGGACAUGGACACUCAAUCUAACGUAUUUUUCGCUCCAUAAG